UUAUCUAUAAACGUUAAUUAAAUGUUAGUUUCUUAAUUUUUAUUAACAAAAAAGAUCGAAUCCACUCAUCCUUUUCUUUUCUUUCAUUAUUUCUUAUUCAUCAAACUAACUUUAUAUAACAACAGAUAUUUAUACACGCGCGGUGUUUACUUCAGAUAAAAAUCCGUGUCACUGUUUCUGAGUGGUUCUGGUAAAGCUGUUGCCACUUAUUCUUAUCUUCUUCAUCCCCCGAUUCGAACUUUUGUCGUUUUCAUUACAUCACAUGUGUGUGUUUAUCUCCUCUCCACCUUGCAUUUGCAUGUCUUUUCAUAACUCACAAAGCCUUAAUUGUUUUCGAAACAGUUUUCCAAAUUUACAUUUUUGUCAUUAGCUUCUAAUAAUUCGGUUGGGUUAGUUGCAAGGGAUGACAAGGGUGGUCCCACAAAGGUGUUUAAGGAGACAGGUGCAAAUAAUUGUGUGAUUUUCUGAGUUUCUUUAUUUCUAUUUCCUUGGAGUGGUUGUAGUGUGGUUGAAGGAGUCACAAGUAGAAGAAGAAGAAGCUAAGUGUGGAUCAGUCACGAGUCAGUGUUGUUACUUGUUAGAAGAAGUACAGUAGAUGAGGAAAAGGGUCUGUGGGGGAAGCUUUUUGAAUAAAGAAAGAAAGAAAGAAAGAAUCGUUGUGAGGGGAAAAAAAGUGAAAUGGAGCCACUGAAUCAUAAGUCUUUUGAGAGAGUGGUUUCCCAGAAAGCCUUGCAAAUGGGAAACUCGUUUCCUUGUCAAAUUUGUGUGGUGGGAUUUCUCUGCGGUGUAUGCCUCACCUCUCUGUUCAUGGCUGCUCUCACUUCCUUUGGCUCCUUUCAGUUUAGUCCCAUUUUGUUUUCAACCAUGUCGAUGGCUAGUAAUUCAUCAGGGAAUUCUACUUUUCCUAAUGAUAUCAACAAGGUUACACGUUCGGACUGCCAGUUUAAGCUUAAGGAAACUGAGAGAUUAGAGGAUUCUAAGAGCAGCAGAGAGCAAAAUAACGAUGAGAGAGUCUCAUUGCUUUAUUCAGCAUGGAGUGCUGUGUUGAAUGAACCUACAAGUGGCGGUAAAGAGCACUUGCAGAAACAUGGAAUUAGUGGGUCCAGUUUGCCUCAUGCCCCACAUUUGGAAAACUGCAAGGUGAAAACACAGCUAUAUGACUAUUUUGAUAAGCGUAAAGGAAAUGAGGUUUUCCCACCAUGGACAACUUGGAAGGGAUCUUUGCAGACAUUCCCUGUCGCUGCAAUCAAUGAGCAAAUGCAAAAUCUUAGGCAUGAUGCAGUCUCUGAGGGGGCUUAUCCACCAUGGAUUGCAGGGUCCGAUGAAGAAAACUAUCCCUUGACUAGAAAAGUGCAGCGUGACAUAUGGAUCCAUCAGCAUCCUUUAAACUGUAGUAGCCCGGAUGUCAAGUUCCUUGUCACUGACUGGGAGAGAUUACCUGGAUUUGGUAUUGGGGCUCAGAUUGCUGGCAUGUGUGGACUUCUUGGUAUUGCAAUCAACGAAGGAAGAGUCCUUGUCACUAACUAUUACAACAGAGCUGAACAUGGGGGUUGCAAAGGGUCUUCCCGUUCUAGUUGGAGUUGUUACUUCUUUCCUGAAACCUCCCUGGAAUGUCGGCGGCAUGCAUUUGAACUCAUGAAAAGUGAAGAUGCGUGGAGUAAGGGAAUUGUGACCACAAAAGAAAAUUAUACAACAAAGCAUAUAUGGGCAGGACCUACUCCAAGGAAAUGGGGUCUUCAGUGGAAUUAUUUGCAACCUACUACUGAUAUAAAUGGGACUCUGUUAGCUUCUCAUAGAAAAAUGGAUAUACGGUGGUGGAGAGCACAGGCAGUACGCUACUUAAUGAGGUUCCCAACUGAAUACACAUGCAAUUUAAUGAAUGAGGCCCGCCAUGCUAGCUUUGGAAAAUUAGCUGCAGAAAUGGUCCUUCAAAGUCUUGCUGGGGAUUGGCCAAAGGAAAGUAGUGGCAGGGCAAGGUCUAAUGAUAUUGAUGAAUACGUUUGGUCCAAUCACAAGCCAUGGGUCCCUAGGCCUCUUCUAUGUAUGCAUGUAAGGAUGGGAGACAAAGCAUGCGAAAUGAAGGUAGUUGGAUUUGAAGAAUACAUGCAGCUUGCGGAUAGGACUCGGAGACACUUCCCUCACCUUAAUAACAUUUGGCUGUCAACUGAGAUGCAGGAUGUAAUUGACAAGACCAGAGAAUAUUCUCAUUGGAACUUUUACUAUACAAAGGUAAGACGCCAAGCUAAGAUUAACAUGUCAAUGGCUGCCUACGAAGCCAGUCUGGGAAGGGAGACCAGCACAAAUUAUCCACUUGUUAAUUUCUUGAUGGCUGCUGACUCAGAUUUUUACGUUGGGGCAUUGGGUUCUUCCUGGUCCUUUCUUAUAGAUGGAAUGAGAAAUACUGGGGGAAAGGUAAUGGCUGGGUUUUUGAGUGUCAAUAAAGACAGAUUUUGGUAGAGAGUUACACGUUUGUAAAUUAAAUCAUCAGUGGCUAGGCUACCAUAGCAAUAUGAUUCUCUGUAUGUAUAAUUAUUGUACAUAUGCAAAAAACAAAAUAAAACAACGCGAUCUCUUAUUGAUAGAGUGAUGACGAUACAAUCAAAAUGCUUGCACCUUGUUUUUAGAGUC